AUGUCGGGCCCUCCUGGCGAGCACGAGCACUUGCACACGGCGCAGAACACGCCUCUCCCCGCGAGCGACGAUCCGUUCAGCCCGCGCGCGGCCACGCCCGCCACCGCCUCCACCUACAGCGCGCUGCCCGCAGGUGCAGGCGCCCCGUCGAUCCGCCCCGUCCCGUCGGGCCACAACUCGUACGAAGGAGGUCUCGACGAGGCUCUCGCACCCCCCGCCGCACCCUUCGGCACCAGGGGCACCGAAUCGCCCGUGCCCAGCGGUGCGGACUCCAACCGCGGAUCGGCGUACUACCCCUCCUCGCCCGUCGCCGGCGAGAGCAACCCGUUCUUGACGCCCAACGCCGAGCGCGGGGCGUUGUCUCCCCGCGAUUCGACGCACCUCGGCGCGGCCGAGCCGCUGUUCGUCAACGAAAAGGCGCUCGACAGUCGGCCCCAACGGAAGGGGCUCCUGCGCCGGCCCAUCUGCUGGAUCAUUACCGGCGUCGUCGCCGUGGUCGUUAUCGUGGCUGUCGUCGUCCCCGUCGUCCUCAUCGUCGGCAAGAAGUCGUCAUCCAGCAGCGGCGGCAGCAGCAGCGGAGGCAAGGGAUCGUCGUCGAACCCGCAGAGCCCGACGGGCGACAUCACCGGCGGAGACGGCAGCACGGUCAUCACCGCCAACGGCUCGUUCACGUACAAGAACCAGUUUGGCGGGUUCUGGUACCAGGAUCCGAACGAUCCGUUCGCGAAUAACGCACAAUGCAACUCGUGGACCAAGCCACUCAACCAGAGCUGGGACUGGGUCAACGACAAGAUCUACGGUGUUAACCUUGGCGGAUGGUUCGUCCUGGAACCGUUCAUUACACCCUCGUUCUACCAGAUCUAUAACGGUUCGGUCGACGAAUGGACGCUUUCGGUCAUGAUGGCCAACGAUACCGCCAAUGGCGGCCUUUCGCAGAUCGAGCAGCACUACGCCACCUUCAUCACGGAAGAAGACAUUGCCCAGAUCGCGGGCGCGGGUCUGAACUGGGUUCGCGUGCCGAUCCCCUUCUGGGCGAUCGACGUGUGGAACGACGAGCCCUUCUUGGCCAAGACGGCGUGGAAGUACAUCCUCCGUCUCUUCGACUGGUGCAGGAAGUACGGGAUCCGCAUCAACCUUGAUCUGCACACCAUUCCCGGUUCUCAGAACGGCUACAACCACUCCGGUCGCCUUGGCUCUAUCAACUGGCUCCUGGGCGCGAUGGGUGUCGCCAACGCUCAAAGGAGUUUGCAGUACAUUCGUACCAUCGCCGAGUUUAUCAGCCAGCCGGAGUACGAGAACCUGAUUCCGAUGUUCGGCAUGGUCAACGAGCCCCUACUGGGUGACAUCGGCCUCGACGCCUUGACACGAUUCUAUCUCCAGGCGCACGACACCAUCCGGUCCAUCACCGGGAUCGGCAAGGGCCCCUUCCUCUCUAUUCACGACGGCUUCCAGGGCAACACCCCCUGGGUCAACUUCCUCCGCGGCUCGGACCGUAUCGCGAUGGACACCCACCCGUACUUCGCCUUUGGCGGCGCGAUGACCGACCCGUUCAUCAACGGUACGGGCGCCGGCGCCGGCGGCGUCUGGCCUGCCAAGGCGUGCCAGUCCUGGGGCGGAGGUAUCGUUCAGAGCCAGCAGGACUUUGGUGUCACCAUCGCCGGCGAGUUCAGCGCGGGCUGGAACGACUGCGGUCUGUUCUUGCACGGCGUCGGAGAUCAGAGCACGGCGUACCCUGGCGACUGUAGCCAGUGGACGGAGUGGCAGAACUACUCGCAGGAGCAGAAGGACGGCUUGAACAACUUUGUGAGCGCGUCCAUGGAUGCGCUCCAGAACUGGUUCUUCUGGACCUGGAAGAUCGGCAACUCUACCGCGGGCACCGUCGAGACCCCGAUGUGGUCGUACAAGCUCGGUCUCGAGAACGGCUGGAUGCCGACCGACCCGCGCACGUCCGCCGGAAAAUGCGCCGACCACGGCGUCCUCAUCACGCCGUUCAACAACUCGUACCAGUCCUGGCAGACGGGCGGCGCGUCCGCAGGCACGAUCGAGGCGACGUCGGUGCAGACGUUCGGUCAGUGGCCGCCGCCGACGAUCUCGGGCGUAUCGGCGAUCGCGAUGUCGGACGUGCCGACGUACACCCAGACCGCGCCCGCGAACACGCUCCCCAUGCCGACGUACACGAACGGGAAGGGCAAGACGGUGUCGGUGAGCGAUGACGGCUGGGCGCAACCGACGGAUACAGCCGGAGGCGUGACGACCGUCGCGGACUGUGUUUACCCUGACCCGUGGACGAUCGGGACGGCGAGCACGGCGAGCUGUACUGGCAGCGGACAGGCGAGCAUGGGAUCCGCCGCCAUCGCGAGCGUGCCGAUCACGAGCGCGACCACCGCGACCGCGCGCUGA